AAAAACCAUACAUAAAAACCAAAAACUUGCACAAAUACCAUCAACAUUCUCUCUAACCCCAUCUAGAGCUCCAGUACUGUUCUUUCUCUGCAUUAUUGUUGCAAUGAUGAUUAACUCAGAGAAGUUGAGUGUGGGCAUCUCAUGCAUAUUUGUGGUGGUGAUGAUGCUAGCUGGUUUUGGAAGCUCAGAUAUAGACCAAGAUAGGGCACAAUGUGCAGACCAGCUGAUAGGGCUUGCUCCGUGUCUUUCUUAUGUUGGGGGUGACAAAGAUGCCAAAACUCCCACAAUAGACUGCUGCACUGGCCUGAAACAGGUGGAUGCAAAGAGCCACAAAUGCCUCUGUGUUCUGAUUAAGGACCACGACGAUCCUAAGCUCGGCCUCACCAUCAAUGCCACUCUUGCUUUGAACCUCCCUGGUGCCUGCCAUGUACCUGUUAACAUAACUAGCUGUGUUGAUCUCUUGCAUUUGGAUCCAAAAUCGGCAGACGGUAAGAUGUUCUUGGGAUAUGCAGAGAAGACUAAAGCUGUUAACAGUACUAGUGCCUCUAUUACCAGCAGUGGGAACUCUACAACAGUUGCUCAAGAUACGAGUGAUGGUGGGAGCCUGGGAAAAGGAUUGCUGCUGGGAAAAGGAUUGCUGGGAAUAGAGAUGCUUUUUGUGACCCCAAUGUGCUUUUAUAUUUCUCAACUUGUGUUCUAAGUUUGAUAUAUGUGAUUUCGCUGGUCUGUUUUAAUUAUAGUACGUAGUUGUAUGUCAUUCAUUUCUACUUUAUUAUUUCUCCAAUUGUAUUGGAUAUUAUCAAGUUAUCAGAGAUAUGUUUGUGUACGGAUUGGAUCAGUUGGAAUUGUCU